CAGGCAACGCUCGCUCUGCGCCUGCAGCAGCCACAGCAUCCUGGCGCGCGGUGGCGCCGGCGGAGGGCGGGCAGGCGCCACGGGUCGGGCAGGGAACUGCCGGGAACAGCGCGGACGGCGGCGCUGCGGUGAAGGCAGGGGUUCGCAGGGGCGAACACGGCGGCCCCCCGGGUCCCGACCAGCGGCGGCGGGAGGGCCGGCGGGGCGGGCACCUUGCGAGCUCCAGCUACUAGAUUAAAGGAUUUACUUGAAGACAAAGCAUUCUAUUCAUCAGAGACUGGACAAGAGUUACUCUUGCUUUUGGCAAUUAAAGAUGAUGUUGUCAUGGAAACAGUUGAUCCUGCUUUCAUUCAUUGGCUGCCUAGCAGGUGAGCUGCUUUUACAAGGUCCCGUGUUUAUCAAAGAGCCCAGCAACAGCAUUUUCCCUGUCGGUUCAGAAGAUAAAAAAAUCACUUUAAAUUGUGAAGCAAGAGGCAACCCUUCACCUCGUUACAGAUGGCAGUUGAAUGGGAGCGAUAUUGACACAAGUGUGGACCAUCGGUAUAGAUUGAAUGGCGGAAAUCUCAUAGUUAUUAACCCCAACAGAAAUUGGGAUACAGGAAGCUACCAGUGUUUUGCAACAAAUUCACUUGGAACAAUAGUGAGCAGAGAAGCCAAACUACAAUUUGCCUAUCUUGAAAAUUUUAAGACGAGGAUGAGAAGCCCAGUGUCGGUCCGUGAAGGCCAGGGAGUGGUCUUGCUCUGUGGACCCCCACUACACUCUGGUGUGAUCCCUGAGCCUUGGAAGGAGAAGAUUCAAAAAUUAUCAUAUGCUUGGGUCUUCAAUGAGUAUCCAUCCUUUGUUGAAGAAGAUAGUCGGAGAUUUGUCUCUCAAGAGACAGGGCACCUCUACAUUGCUAAGGUGGAGCCGUCCGAUGUGGGAAAUUACACAUGUGUUGUGACAAGCACUGUGACAAAUGCCAGAGUCCUGGGUUCCCCGACUCCUUUGGUGCUGCGAGCUGAUGGUGUCAUGGGUGAAUAUGAACCCAAAAUAGAAGUUCAGUUUCCAGAAACUCUUCCAGCAGCUAAAGGUUCAACUGUGAAAUUGGAAUGCUUUGCCCUUGGAAACCCUGUGCCUCAGAUUAAUUGGAAAAGAAGUGAUGGAAUGCCAUUUCCCAACAAAAUUAAAUUGAGGAAGUUCAGUGCUGUGCUUGAAAUCCCUAACUUCCAACAGGAAGAUGCAGGUUCCUAUGAGUGCAUUGCUGAAAAUUCACGAGGAAAAAAUGUGGCUAGAGGGCGUCUGACUUACUAUGCAAAGCCUCAUUGGGUUCACCUCAUAAAAGAUGUGGAAAUAGCCGUGGAAGAUAACCUCUACUGGGAAUGCCGGGCCACUGGGAAGCCCAAACCCUCCUACAGAUGGCUAAAAAAUGGAGAGGCCCUAGUGCUAGAGGAGAGAAUACAGAUAGAAAAUGGCGCCCUCACAAUAUCUAAUCUCAAUGUGAGUGAUUCUGGCAUGUUCCAGUGUAUAGCGGAAAACAAACAUGGUCUAAUCUACUCCAGUGCAGAGCUCAAGGUUGUUGCCUCUGCUCCAGAUUUUUCAAGGAACCCAAUGAAAAAGUUGGUUCAAGUGCAGGUGGGCAGCCUGGUCAACUUGGAUUGCAAACCCAGAGCUUCCCCAAGGGCACUCUCUUUCUGGACGAAGGGGGACAUGAUGGUACAGGAGCAUGCAAGAAUUUCUUUUUUAAAUGAUGGAGGACUUAAAAUCAUGAAUGUGACUAAAGCUGAUGGGGGAAUCUACACCUGCACAGCAGAAAACCAGUUUGGGAAAGCAAAUGGUACAACACACUUGGUUGUUACAGAACCAACAAGAAUAAUUUUGGCACCGUCUAACAUGGAUGUCUCGGUUGGUGAAAGCGUCAUUUUGCCCUGCCAGGUGCAACAUGACCCCCUAUUAGACAUUAUGUUUACCUGGUAUUUCAAUGGAGCCCUUACGGAUUUUAAGAAAGAUGGAUCUCACUUUGAGAAAGUUGGUGGGGUCCCACAAACCAAGCAAAUCUGUAUCAGCAUGGUGAGAUGUGAGCAGAGCACUGGAGAGUGGUUUUCAGUCGCACAAAAGUUCCGUGGUGCUUCCGUUUGCUCCAUGAACCCACGGCAGAGUUCAUCUGGUGAUUUAAUGAUCAGAAAUAUUCAGCUAAAACACAGUGGAAAGUAUGUGUGUAUGGUGCAGUCAGGGGUGGACAGUGUUUCGUCUGCAGCAGAGCUCAUAGUGAGAGGUUCACCAGGACCUCCUGAAAAUGUGAAGGUAGAUGAAAUCACAGACACAACAGCUCAGCUUUCUUGGAAAGAAGGUGCAGACAACCACAGCCCCGUGAUAUCCUAUGCAAUCCAGGCUAGGACACCUUUCUCUGUAGGCUGGCAAACUGUCACAACAGUACCUGAGGCUAUUGAUGGCAUGACACACACAGCCACUGUAGUCGAGUUAAACCCAUGGGUGGAGUACGAAUUUCGAGUUGUGGCCAGUAACAAAAUUGGAGGUGGAGAACCCAGUUUACCCUCAGAAAAAGUAAGGACUGAAGAGGCAGUUCCAGAAGUGCCACCUUCUGAAGUCAGUGGAGGAGGUGGAAGCCGGUCUGAACUAGUAAUAACCUGGGAUCCAGUCCCCGAAGAACUACAGAACGGUGGAGGUUUUGGGUACGUGGUUGCUUUCCGCCCUCUUGGGGUAACUACCUGGAUCCAGACAGUGGUGACAUCUCCUGAUAGCCCAAGAUAUGUCUUUAGGAAUGAAAGCAUCAUGCCAUUUUCACCAUAUGAAGUCAAAGUGGGUGUUUAUAAUAACAAAGGUGAGGGGCCAUUUAGCCCCGUGACAACAGUGUUCUCUGCAGAAGAAGAGCCUACAGUAGCCCCAUCUCAAAUCUCUGCCCAUAGCCUGUCUUCCUCAGAAAUUGAAGUUUCAUGGAACACAAUUCCCUGGAAGUUGAGCAAUGGACAUUUACUUGGCUAUGAGGUGCGGUACUGGAAUAAUGGAGGAGAAGAAGAAUCAUCCAGCAAAGUAAAAGUGGCAGGAAAUCAGACCUCAGCCACCCUCCGGGGCCUGAAGAGCAACCUGGAGUAUUACACUGCUGUUCGGGCUUACAACAGUGCAGGCACCGGUCCUUUCAGUGCCACAGUUAAUGUAACCACCAAGAAAACCCCUCCCAGUCAGCCACCAGGAAAUGUUGUUUGGAACACGACAGACACUAAAGUCUUACUUAAUUGGGAGCAAGUAAAAGCCAUGGAGAAUGAAUCAGAAGUAACUGGCUAUAAGGUUUUCUAUAGGACUAGCAGUCAAAAUAAUGUACAAGUGCUAAACACAAAUAAAACUUCAGCUGAACUCUUGCUGCCCAUCAAAGAGGACUACAUUAUUGAAGUCAAAGCCACAACUGAUGGAGGGGAUGGCACCAGUAGUGAGCAGAUCAGGAUUCCAAGAAUUACUAGUAUGGAUGCAAGAGGAUCCACUUCAGCCAUCUCAAAUGUCCACCCUAUGUCAGGUUAUAUAUCCAUCGUUCUGUUCUUUAUUGUAAAUACCUUGUGAUGUUAGAAUUUUUUACUAUUCACUGGAAAGUUAAUUGGUUCUUAAAAACAAAGUGCUUUCUGAAACAGUGAUUAUGCAUGUUUUUUUCAACUAUGUGUUUUUAAAUUUCUACUCCAUUAUAGGUAAAAUAUGAAUAUAAUAAAAACAGUAAAUCCUUUUAGAGGAAUCUGAAAUGCCUUAAUAUUUGCUUGAUAAACCAAAGGAAUUUGCAUAUUACAUACUGCAAACUUUUGAUAUAAAUAUUCUUAAACAAUGAGUUUAAACAAUGCCUAUGGGUCACAACUCACAUAAUGUCAUGAACAAAUACACAGUAUAAACAUACAGUACACACAUGCACAGUACACACACAGUAGACACAUAACAUACAGUAUACACACACAGUAUCCACACACACAAUACACAUGCAUACAAAUAUGCACACAAUACAUGCACACAUUUUUCCCUACAUUGAAAAACUCCUUGUUUAAUCCAAAUGCUUUUUACCCAUUGUUAUAUCAUUACUUGUAAGGCUUAAUCAGCAUCAUUUUUGAAAUACCAAUUUGAAUUCCAAGGAGUCAAAAAAUGCAUUCAGACAGUUAUUAUGCAGGAAAAGAGAGUGGCCUGUGAUUUAAGAAUAUUGUUAGAAAAUAUGUUCUGGACUCCAGGACUGACCUUUGGUUCAGCGCACCGCUCCAUGGUGUUGAGACCUCACUAGUCACUUUGUCCUCACGUGUGUCUCGAUUAUUCAUCUAUAAAAAGCAGUGGUAAUAAUAUUUCAUUAUUCUUUUUCUACUGCAAGACUUAGUUGAUCAAAACAAGGAGGAACACGGGAAAUCAUGUGUCCUCCCAGAUGCAUUGUUCCUAUGCAGAUUCUGAUCAUGAACUUUCUUAAGCAUUUUGUGAACCCGGCACUUUGUUGAUGCUUGCGUUCCUCACUCUUGGCAGUGCUCUGUUUCCGUCAAAGAUGGAAAUUGAACUGAGUGAAUAGUGCGGCAUCAUUUGGUUUUGUUCAUAUUUAGAAAGAAAAAGAUGGAAGCAAAAUGAAUACAUUUUAUCCUGCCUCAAAAAUGAAAACAAAGAUAAUAAAGAACUUGGUCCCUUCACACGUAAAAAUAAGCUGCCAAGCUUUAUCAAAACUUCAUAGAAAAAAUAAGAAAAACCCACAUUUUAGUCCAAACAUUAAACAAAAUUCACAAAGUUCUCCAUUUCUAAUUUCUGGUUCCAUUAAGAGACCCUCUCUGUGUUUGGACAGCUGAGAUGGUUUUUAAAUGAAAUUCCACUGUCUGUCUCAGUGAGUGAGGCAGGCUCUUUGGUUCCUGAGUUACAUUUGUAAUGGUACAUGGUGAUGCUGCUGGCUUUGGUACAGAUGAUUCAGUCUUUCAAUGUGAUUUUCAAAGGACUGUUGAAGACAUGACUUCAUAGCAAUAGGUGAAGGAUAGGAAAACCAGCAGAUUUCAGUUUUAGACAUUCAGAAAUAUUUUUUUAUCUCUUGCCUACCAAUUUCGUAUUUUGCUAGAACUCAUUCUUAUUUUCAAAGGUAGCAGAAUUGGAAAACAACAGUAUAGCUAUCAAGAAAGAAGAAAAAAAUAACAAAAUUCUGAUAUCCCUUUAAAAUACCACUUUUUAUUUAGAGAUUACAUCUAAGAUAAAGUCACUAUGUGAAAAGGAGAGCAUUUUUUUUAAGAUUCUCUGUAUAGACUGUAUAUAUUGUACAUAUCUAGAAAAAUCCAAAUGAUUAACUGAUUUCAUACAACCAUUGGUAUUUCCAGUCAAAAAGGUGGGAACAAUUCUCCCAUGCUUGUAUUUUAUGGUACAUGUAACAGAGCUGCACCUUUUUAUUAUCUAAUAAUUCCUAUAAUUGGUUCCUAUGCUUUUCAUUUGCAAGAUAGUUAUUCUCCUGUUUCAUGUUAUUUCUACCAAUAUAUCUCCAUGAGAUGUGGAUACUGUUUCAUAUUGAAAAGUCAAAAUUUAAUCUUUAAAUUCCUGUGUGUGUAUCCUAUGGUUAUCUGUAUGUAUUAUUUUCUGAUAUUCUAAUAAAAU